UACGCGUCAUGUUAGCAUCGUCACUAAACACUGAUCUGUUUAAAAGUGUUUAUUUAAUUGUGUUUUAUUUAUAAAUCGUUUAAUCUACAGUAAAGAGGAGAAUCAUGGAGAGAUUAACCGCUCCGUCUGAUUUCAUCAGAACCAAUCAAACAGGUGUGAGCCGUACAUCCACUCCUGCUCUACUCACUCCCUCUCACUUCACUGUGACCUGCACUGCAUCCACAUCUACAACCCUGACUCCAGCCCUGACCUCCGUGACUCCCAUGCGUCCCACCCCAGCCCCCUCUCUUCUACCCCUGGGGGCAGAUCCCUGGACCCUCCUUACACAAAGCCAGCAGGAACUGGGAAAGCUUCGACAGGAGAACCAAAGACUACUACAGCUACAGCUCAGAGAUACAGAUACACACCCUGUACACACCACAGACACCUCACACACACUCCACACAACACACACUUCAGCAUCACACACCGUACUGAAGGAGGAGAGGGACGAGCUGAGGAGAGACGUUCCGAGACUGAGAGAGGAGCUCCGAGAGAGAGACACCACCAUCAGCAGGCAGUGUGCUGACCAUGAGAAAUUGUGUGCUGAACUUCAACAGACCAGACAGAAGGUGCUGGAGCUGCAGAAGGAGUGUGGGCUGCAGCUGGACAGAGAGCGACAGAAAUCUGAAGAAGAUACACAACAGUUACAGAGAGAGACACAGCAUCAGAUGCAGCAGGUGUGUGAGCGUCACCGGGCGGAGCUCUCGGCUCUCUCUCAAACCAAUUCAGACCUGCAGAACACGGUGCACACGCUCACACAGGAAGUGACCUCACUUGGACGCCGUGUGGAGGAAGUGACAUCAGAGAGAGACACACUCAGGGAGCAGCUUAGCGCUGUAAGCAGUGAGAUGGAGGAGCAGGCCGAGACUCUGCAGAAACUUCGCAGCUACAUUGGGACAAAAGGAGGAGACGAGGAACAUCUCGCACACAUACAGAAGCUACAGAAGGAGAAAGAAGCUCUGUGUUUAUCUGUCGAGCUGCUGAACGUGAGGGUGAAAUCAGUCAACGACAUUCUGGCUCUGCAGGAGAAGGAACUGGGAGAACAGUGUGAUCCUCUACAGCAGGACAGGUCAGUGCAGUUGUUGAGUGUGUGGAGAGAGAAAGUGUUCAUGCUGCUUGUACAGUUACGAUCCAGAGACUCACAACUACACACAGAGAAAGCACAGCUACACAAUACGGUCUCUAAUCUUCAGCAGGAGGUUCAGAAGCUACAGUCACACAUUGAUCUUCUACAACACAACCUGCAGGAUAAGACUGCACAACUACAGCUACACAACAUACACACACAGGAGUUGCAGCAGCAGUUGUGUAGUGUUGUGGAGAAGAAUAAGAAACUGGAACAGUACAAAGAGAUGACUGAGAAAUCUUUGGCUCACAUCACUGAUAAUGUACACAGGAUGGGUGUGUGUAUAAAACAGUGGGAGAAUCAGAGUGAAGCUGUACGGUCUCAGAUGAGAGCUCUGAUACACAGAAUCAGCUUCGCUAACACCCGCCUCGAUACUGUGCACGGUCUGCUGAUGAGAAGAGAAGCUCUAUGGAAAGCCCAACAGGCCACAAAACCCCCAGAGCCCUCAGAGAGCUGUAUUGACAGAUUAGAGUCACAGGUAGCGCUGCUGAGCUCAGAGAGAGACACUCUUGCCCAGGAACUGAGACGCACCCCUGAACUAAUCAACAACGCACUGAGAGACCUACAACUACAAUUGGACAGGAGUACAGAGGAGUUUGAGGUGUGUAAAUUAAGGUGUUUGGAAGCGCACACACAGUGUAAGGAACAGGAAAGGACCAUUGCAGAGCUCCGUGCUGAGGCCCAUCACACCCAAGCCGUUCUACAGGAGAAACUGUCAGAGGUUGAAGGUGUGUGUGCUAAAGAGCUGAGAGAGAUGGAGGCUCAACUAAACACAGCAAGGAGAGAACAUACUAAAGCAGUUGUAGCACUAAGGCAGGUGGAGAGAGCAGCUGAGAGAGAGCGAGAGCAGGAGAGAGAGGCAGAGAGAGCACGCUCAGAACACACACUCACACAAAUUACACAACUACGCACACAGCUUAAAGAGAAGGACCGGGACCACAACAUCCUACUGGCGGUGGUCCAGCAGCAGGGACUGAUGAAUGAGUAUAAGAAGAUGAGGAGAACAGCGUUACACACGUCUAAAGCUUUAAUGGAUCACCAACCACAACCUAAAGCACAACAACAUAAACAGCAUCAGGAGGGGAGUGUGUUGAGUGUGUUAGGUGAGCUGCGCUCUCUCACUUCUGCAGUUAUACACAGCUCGGAUGAGGAUGAGGAAGAUGAAGAACAUGGGCAGGAAGAUGCAUCAAACCUCGCAAACCAUAUUAAGUGACAGAGAGAGUUUGGUUAAAGGAAGAGAAAAAGUAAAUGAACCCCUCCAGUGAAUCUGUUAGAACUUCAGAUCCUGUCACUCAUCUGCAUCUCAGGUGACCUGCUGUGAGAACCUCUGAUCCUGAUGUUAGAACCACUGGCUUGUACAUGACGUGUGUUUGUAGGUCUUUAUGAACCUGUUAAAUUGUUGGUGUUAAUAAUAUAAUAAAAGAGUAAAACUG